AUGGCGAGCGGCGCGGCCCGAAGCCAACUAGCCCCCGGCAACCGCGGCCGCUCCGCCGGCUCCUGCCGCCCCGACGCCUCCGCCCUCAGACAGGGGCGAGUGGGCGGGGCCACGGCGGCUCCUGGCACCUGCCGCGCCGCCGAGCCAGCGGCCAGCGGCGGGGGCGGGGCGGGGCGGGGCGGGGCGGGGCAGCCGCGCUGCGCCGCCACAGCGCCGCCACGGCGCCUGCGCUGCAGGGAGGGGCGCCGGCCGGCGGAGGGCGGGGCCGCGCACCUGCCGCUGGCGAGCAUGCGCAGUCGCCGGCCGGCGAGAGGGGCCGCGCACCUGCGGCUUGCUCGGCGGGGUUCCAAGAUGGAGGCGGCCGCCCGGCGCGGCCGGGUCUGGUGUGUACACACGGGGCUGCGGUGGCUGAAGCGCGGUUUCCCGCCUUCUCCUCAGGCGCCUCAGCGCGUCGCCCCCCGUGAUGAGGCCGGCCCGGCCUCAGGCUGCGCCCCCUCGCCGCGGGGAGCCACCAGCCCGCACCUCCGCGCCCUCCCACAGCGCUGGGGAGGCGGGUCCGGCAGCCCGCCAGGCCUCGGCGGCUCGCAGCCUCGGUGCUAGGAGCCCCCGGGGCCGAGCUGCCCUGGAGGCGGGUGGCACCCAGAGACCUCGGGCAUCUUGGGAUCCUGCGAACUGAACACAGAAAGUGCAGCAGUGUUAGUUUAUCUAUUGACAGAUUACAUAAAAUAAGCCUAGGUCGGGCUGAAAAUUUGAACUCUUACUCUCGGGAUGCAUCUGUAUGCCCAUCCUGGGCGUGAAGAUGUUCAUGGGGUUUGUUUUCGUUCUAACCACGAAUAAUAUUGCAGAAUCCAGUAACAUGUCAGAGUGCUUGUCUUAGGUAUCCUUCUUGGUUUAAUUCUGAGAGUGCGCAGUUAUUUUCAUAUAAAGGUCUGCUUAGCUACCCUGAGAGAGAUACUGACAAAACUCCAUAGUGGAAAGAUCAUAAACACAAUCUCAAGAAAAAUGACUUUUCAUUUAUAUAAUUUUACAUGUAUUGGCAAGAAGAAAGCACAUAGAUUAGUUCUGUCAACAAACCUUUGAAAUACAGGUCUCUCCCUAAUCUAUGAACCUGAUGGAAGAGAACUCGGCCUGAGGUAUCCUUGUGUAGACAUUAUGUAGACGGCUGUGAAGGGAGUUCAAACAACUCCUUGCACUUGAGGCAAGGUAUGAGUGUCUAGUCAGUUCUCAAGUCUCGGUUGGUAAUCAGUAAUUAAAAAAACCCCAUCCAGUGCUGAAUCACUUAAGUCGGUGCCAUUUUUUGUACAGUUGUUCUCACUCCCAUAAUGCCAAAGGCAAAGAAAUUGCAGCUAUCACCCAAGCCAAGUAAAGCUGUAAUUAGUACAGAGGAUAUUGUUAAUUGUUAAGUAUAGUUUGCUGUCAGACAGUGUCUAGGCUAAUUCAAGUCUUGCAUCCUUUAUCUAGCAUGUUUUGGUUUUACACUGCAAAAGGAUACAUAGAGAAUUCAGUCUGUAAAUUUAGAUAAAAUCUGUGAUCCUAGUGUAAUAGAAGGUAGAUUACAGCUAUGUGAGCAAGACUUGGACAAACCCUCUUAUUUUGUCACUUUGUGAUUACAUUUUUUGUACAGUUGUUCUCACUCCCAUAAUGCCAAAGGCAAAGAAAUUGCAGCUGUCACUCAAGCCAAGUAAAGCUGUAAUUAGUACAGAGGAUAUUGUUAAUUGUUAAGUAUAGUUUGCUGUCAGACAGUGUCUAGGCUAAUUCAAGUCUUGCAUCCUUCAUCUGGCAUGUUUCGGUUUUACACUGCAAAAGCAUACAUAGAGAAUUCAGUCUGUAAAUUUAGAUAAAAUCUGUGAUCCUAGUGUAAUAGAAGAUAGAUUACAGCUAUGUGAGCAAGACUUGGAUAAACCCUCUUAUUUUGUCACUUUGUGAUUACAAAAUUGAAAAGAGUUUGGACUGCUUUCCAUUUCUGUCUUCCACAGCAUGCUUUGCUUAAUGAGCUAUAGGAAAGCACAGAGAAGAGUGCAAGUGACAGAACCGUGCCUUCUCCAGGUUUUUAAAGUUAUUGGUUUGCAUCUUUUCUUUUGGAGAAAGGGAGGAAGAACCUCCUGAAGUAGAUUUGUGCUUGAAACCAUCGUGCAGCUAAUUUUAUUGCUUUAGAUUUAUGAAGUAUCAUCUAAGAUAAUUUUUUUUCUGUUGUGCAUUCCUAGCAUGGUUGGAGUGCCAUGCAGUGGGUGUGGUAGCAUGCUUAAGGAGUCAGGGCAAAUUCAUUUCAAGUCACUGGAACCAACGUAAUAAAAAGUAUUAAUCACUGGCUUGCUUUCAUCACAAGGAGGUGAUAUAUGAGGAGGGAAUGUGAUAAACAAUUUGAUUUCAGAUAAAGGUAGGGAGAGAGGCAGGCUUUUUGUGACAGUUGUAACACAGGUUUAUAGAGCUAUUUUAGUCACAAGUUCUGUAAAACCUGUGAUUCAGACUUGAUCAAGCUAUUCAUGGCACGUUCAGUUUCAGCUUCUGUGAAGUUGAAAGACAGGUUGGGUUUCCUAAUCUCUGGACAGUUGGGGAAGUUUUUUGGGAGGCCUUUUUUUUCUUUGUUUUGGUGUAGAAAUUCGAUCAUUAAGUCCACCAUGGAGUAUAGUGAGAUUCUACCAUAAUGCUUCUUUCCCAUCUCGAGACUUCCCACUUUUUAAGUGGAAUGGUAUUCCAUAGAGCCCUCCUGGGAGUUGAAAGAAUACUUCCAAGAAUAAAGCAUAGAAAAUGUCUACCAGUGUAUGUUGACUGUUAUUGAUGACCCACCUACGCUUUUAUUGUAGAGUUCAGGGCUUAUGCUGUUUUUAUAUUGAACAUAAACUAUUCUUUACUUGGGACUAUCAGUGCAAGUUCAGAAGAGUGAUUGUUAGAUUCAGUAGAUUGUAAUCUGAUCUUGUAUUGGAGUUGAUGAGAGGUUAGGGGUUUUUUGAUGGGAAAAGAAAAAUAAAGGGAAAAAGAGAAGCUUUAUUUAAAAAAAUGGUAAUAAGAAGGUCAUACGACAGAUUCUCCUGCUUUCUUAACAAAAAAAAAAACUUUAAUUACAGACUUUCAUUUUGAUACCUAGUGCAAUUUCCAUACAUUAAUCUUGCAUACCAGUUACAUUUCCCUACAAAGAGGGGAGUUUUGGAGGACAGUCUAUACACUUGGAUAACUGCAUUUUCAGCGUAUUAGGGACAUAUGAGGUAAAUUGCUUUUACCUUCCUCUUAGUAAGUGAGCGGUACAGACAAACCAUUUGUGUCCUAAACACAUCUGAUAUUCACAAAUGCAAAUAAUAUUGUAGAGCACUAUUUAUAGGUGCCCAUGAAGCCAUGGAAAUAUGGUUCAUAACAUUCUGUUAAUACUCUUGAUCCUGGGGCAGGAUAUAUGAAUUUACAAAUGUUGCAUUAGACAGAAAGAAUUUGAGAAGGGUAGCUUGUUAUAUUUUAUCGCCAUGAAAUACAAUCCAUACUAACAGCACUAUACAAACACAAGAGCAAAGCUCAUUAAGUAAACCCCACUGCAUGGCAGUUUAGCUAAUUUAUUAAUAAUAGUAACGUUUACAUGAUACUGGUAUAAUAAAAACUGAAUUUCUUAUCCUGAAAUUGUGACAGUUAUGGGAUUUUGUGGAUUUUAAUUUUGGUUUUGGGGGUUUUGUUUUGAUUUUCUUUUUAUUUUCUUGGGGGAGGGAACCAAUAGUUGGUUUAGUAAUGAAUGUAUUUGUUUUUUAACUGUGCAGCUAUAAAAUGACUUUUAGGGUCAAAGUAGUGAUAUAAAAGUUUGUUGCUUUUCUUCUGCAGAAAUCAACAAUACAAUACAAUCCUACCAAUAGUAUAGUGGCUGUGUAGGUACAAGUAUAUGAGUGUAGUUCAAAAGUGCUCUCCAGCUAGGGAUGGCUUCUCCUUUUCUGGCUAGAUUUCAUCAAUGCAUUUUUUGUACAGGUACCUGGGAAGGCUUGAGAAAUGUUUCUGUAUUGAAAAAAAACCCAAAAACUAAAGAACUGCAGCACUUGGGUUUAAAUAUCUACUGCAGAGAAGCUAGGAGCGUAUAAGUCCAAAGUAAUGUACACUUCAAAUCAUAUUCUUGCUCAGUAAAUAGAUACUACAAAAUACUUACAUUGUUAACUGAAGAACUAAUGCUACUUCACCUGUUAAAGAUAGGAUGGACCAGAGGAGCAACCAGAGAGUUAAGAUGGAAGAAUUUCUGUGUUCUGAUCCUGCCUCUGCUUUCUUUGACUGUCAGCAAAACAAUUAGCCUUUUUUUUCCCCCACUCCUCCUCCAGGCACCUUUAGUUGUUGCUUUGAUGCAAUAUUUACUUACCUGUCAGUGACAACAUUAAUUAUUUUUAAAGUUCAUAUAUGAGAUCUUUUCCAAUAAAGUAUUUCUAGUUUCCUAGGGUUGUGGGUUUUUCUUUCAAUCUGUGCUUUUUUUAAGUUUUGUCUAGCUUUAUGGGAAAAGUUGUCUUUGUAACAUGCUGUCAAAUAAACAUUUGUUUCUGGUAUGCUAUAAAUCUAGAUCAGUUUUGGAAACACAUUUAAACUCAUUCACACAAAAUAUUCCCAUAAAUUAAACAUAGGUACCAUACAUGGGAAUCUGCCCAAAUCUAGAAGGGUUGCGUAGAAAGGAAGGACUAGCAGGAAUAUACCCUAGUAAUCAGGGACACCAAAGCCGUCACGCUUUCUGCCGCAGAAUUGAGGCUGUAACAAACAUGGGAGCACUGUGAAAGCCAGCUCUGCUUAGGACUCCUGAGAUGGGUGUGCUUGGUAGGCUGAGAAUAUUCUCAGGAUGUACCGCUGUGGAAUUACUUAUUUAUUAGGCAAGAGAAACUGGUGAAUUGUUUCAGAUUUUCUUACCUCUGCAGAAGUUCUUCUUUUCAUUUGAAUGGGAAUUCUGACUUUCAGCUAGCUCUAAGAGGAGACCCUUAAUGGAGGAUGUGUUGCAAGUACUUUUUAGAAAGUAUGCCGUUUGUCCCAGCAGUGGAUGGUCUGUAGAAUAUUUCCAUGGUUUUUCUUGGUUAGGGGCUUUAGUUGUGAUAAACUUCUGAAGUUUUUUGAAAAUUCGUUCCUGACAAGUCAAAAGCUAAUAUUGAUAUAUUAAUUUGUAUUCUCUGAGGUUUCUAACUAAAAC